UUUUCUGCUCAAAUAUUAUACGCGUGGGGUUAAUUUCCUCGACCUUCGACCUCUUGUUGGUGUGCAUUGCUUGGAAUGGCUGAAGAGCUCAAGUGUUUCUUUUUCAGUGAGUUCGAUCCCGUCGCUGGGCCGAAAAUAUCAUGCCAGGUUCCUGGGAGUUUCCCCAUGCAGGAGUCGUUCGAAGCCGUCCACGACCUCAUCAUCACCAAACCAAACCUAUACAACAGGCUCAUUUCUGUGGAUAUUUCGGGCUAUCGCAUUGUCGGAUCUCCUCGGUGCAUAGAUGACAAGAAAUAUGCCCGCAAUGCCUUCAUCUUUAACUUUGUGUUUGUGUUCACAUCUUCUACCUGCACCACUGCUUAUGAGCCCAUCAUCACAAAAGUUGGAGAUACCUUCAGAACUUGUGAACUGGAGAGUUCAUUUCUCUCUGACAAUACACACAGAGGGAAGCUGGAGGCAAUCAUGACUCAGGUGUUUGAGAAACUCAACUCCCAUGGCCUCUGCACUGUAAAUGUAGACGACACCAACUGCCUCUACCUAAAGACUAUCACCCUCACUCCCACAACCUCCAGUUGUCCACGGCCAUCAUGUGCCUAUAUACAUCUGCUCCAAGGAGGACAUUGACACCUGCUGGGAUCUCACAAUCCAACAGAUUCUACCAUACAUCAAUGGCUUCAACCACGUGGCUAAGAUAGCCUGUCUGUCAGAGGUCUACAUCAGCCUGGUGAAGGAAUGUAUUCAGCAUCUCGUGGCAUAUGGGUUUUUGAAGCUCAUCAGUAUAUUUCAGUAUUGUAACGUGUAUGUGACCAUGCCGGAGGUGCAGUUGCUACUGACUGACCAUCAACUUGCUAGAGAGUGUCUGGACUACGUCGCUCUUCAAGGUGCUAGUGGUUAUCCUCGGGUUAAUGAUGUUUUCCGGCUGUACUGUGGACUGGAGGCAGGGCACACUGUGAAGGAUAUGUGUACAAUGAAUGACCCCAGAAAUAAGAACGUCGAUGAAAGUUAUACAAGAAGAAGAAGCAGGAACAGUGUCCGAACAUAAAUGAUAUCGAUUAUGAACCUUAAAUGUACUAAACUUGACCAAAGUAAGUUAAACAGAGUGUAUUGGGGAGCAUGGAGUGUUGUAACACUGAACACGUCUUAUAGUCGACUAAAAGUAUGCCACAAAUCAUACACUUUGCUUACAAAUAUCUUCCAAACCACUCAUGGGAACAAAUUUCUACACAGCCAAGGAGAAAUACAUUGAUACUCUGUUGGAACUGCUAUUCGGACUCGUUUUGCACAUACCCUCACAGCUCAUUAGCAAGACAACCAACGCGUUCAGGACCAUAUCUCUCCCGUCGUGCGUCCCACACCCAUGAAUCUGGCACCGGCUUACUUUGACCUACACGAAUAUCUGCUCCUUUUUUACAAGCGUAUCGCCAGUCAGAAGAAAAUAUGACAGCAAGUCCGAGCAAAGAACACAUGAUUAUUCAGCUCUCACUACAAUGAUGUAAUGCAUAAUGCAUGAGUUAAUGGAGCGUUAAUAAGACAGACUUCCGGUCCCACUGCGGGUCGACUGAUCUGCUUAGCACACUAUCAUGCUCCACCAAAGUACUACUGAAUUGGCGAGCGAAGCGAGGCUAUUUAUGCGUGAAUUUUGUGAUGGCUCUGGCGGGCACUGCACAUACCGUAGUGUUCAACGUGAUUUUCUAUAUGCGCCCUAAACACACGCGAAAUAUUGAACUACUCACGCUACACUCGCCAACAAUGCGUUGCAUUCAUGUAGUGUAUGCUGCCAGUUAUGUCUGAUAACAUCCCACUGGAUGGUAGUCAUAAGAAUGGGAGUAGUAUGCAUCUUGAGAUGCUUAGUCGUCAAUGUUGUAUGCAUUAACUUUGUGUAUAAUUAACCCCUGUUGCAUAAAGCAUAGCAGGGGUUGUAGUACUUGGUAUAUGUAUGUGUUUUUCCAGCAGCAAUGGGGCGUGUGUAGGCACAAGAAGUCAUAACAAAAGGCAUGUAUCAACUCACGCAUGCUAUCUACUACUGUAGCUAGCCUAUACGCGUCAGACUCGAGCUACUAGCGGGAGACCACAUGUAGCUAAACACACACUGAUAGCCCAGCCUAUCAAUAAGUGCUACCAUGCAUGCGCACUGCGCUGAGAUUUUGCACUUUAGUGUUUUUAUUGUUUUUUAUUCUGGCAGUUGUAUGAAGUUCUGCAGCUUGGUUAGAAGCACAAAACCAAACCUUUCAUAUACUCCUUCCAACAGUGCAUCUUGAGACUCACUAAUGGCUCCUUUUUCUCCUCAGUUUUUUACAGUGUUUUUAUUUACAAUGUUUGUUUGUGUACUGUUUUCUUGGCAGACUGCUGAUUCAAUAUGGUCUGAUGCGUGGUCUCAUCCGCCACUUGCAGAAGUAUCCAGUCCUGGUAGAACCUGAUACCACUGAAGCACAUCUACCGGACUACAUUCAGCCCUAUGCAAAGUAUCUUGACGGCAGCCACUGUUAUGAUGAGAUAUGCAGUGAACUAGGUGUAUCCAGCCAGGCAUUGGAUGAAGUGUUUGACAGCUCUUUGAUUGCAACCUGCUGGAAAUGACUGUCUAUAGUUCAUUGCAUAACAUUUCUUUUUUUUUUUAUCCACCAUAACUGAGUUAUGUAUCUGUUUCAUUGGAAUUUUUCCAGAAUAUG